GCGUACUCGGUGGACGCUUGACGGAAGCUGACGCGGGGCAAAAAUAUGUGUCCUCGCCUUUUUUUCCUCUUUUCCCAGAGGUUAUAUGCGGAAUAACUGUGUCCGGGCUGUUUAGAAGAGAUUCCGUGGUGAAUCCCGCCGUGCUGCUUUUAAAACCACGUUGUUGUUCUGCUAAUCUAAUGGUGGGCCCUUUCGCGUGUUUGGUGCAUUCAUGAUGCACUAUUCGAACUGGCUGAUUGGCGUGAAAAACCGAGCGAGCCUUCGAGAUGCGCGUCAAACACCUGGAAACAGCGACUGGAGCGGCAACGUCGCGCAGGAUAACGAGCCGCCUGACGGACAGACGCCGACGGUCUGCGGCCGCCUCUUGGAAAAAGGCUACAAAAUCAUCAAGAAAAUCGGAGAGGGGACCUUCUCUGAGGUGGUCAAGACCCAGAGUCUGAAGGAUGGGAAAUUCUACGCCUGCAAAACCAUGAAGCAGACCAUUAACAGUCUGGAACAGGCCAACAACCUGCGGGAGGUCCAGGCCAUGAAGAGGCUGGGUCCCCAUGCCAACAUCAUCCAACUGCACGAGCUGAUAUACAACAAGGAGAGCGGAACGGUGUCGUUGAUCUGUGAGCUCAUGGAGAUGAACAUCUACGAGUUCAUCAGAGGGAGACACACGCCGCUGCCCGAGCAGACUGUCAAGCACUACAUGUACCAGCUGUGCAAGUCGCUGGAGCACAUGCACAGCUGCGGGAUCUUCCACAGAGACGUGAAGCCAGAAAACAUCCUCAUUCGACAAAACGUCCUGAAGCUGGGAGACUUCGGCUCGUGUCGGAGCGUCUACUCCAAGCCUCCUCACACCGAGUACAUCUCCACCCGCUGGUACCGAGCGCCCGAGUGCCUCCUGACCGACGGCUACUACAGUCUGAAGAUGGACAUCUGGAGCGCCGGAUGUGUCUUCUUCGAGAUCAUGAGCUUGAAUCCCCUCUUCCCUGGAACCAACGAGGUGGACCAGAUUUCCAAGAUCCACGAUGUGCUGGGGACCCCGGAGCCGGGUGUCCUGCAGAAGCUGAAGCAGUCCAGGGCCAUGCAUUUCAACUUCCCGCCGAGAAAAGGCACCGGAAUCUCACGUCUGAUCCCGAACUGCCCAGCACCAGCUCUGUCACUGCUCUACCAGAUGUUGGCCUACGACGCCGACGAACGCAUCACCGCGGAAACGGCUCUCAGACACACGUAUUUCCGAGAAAUCAGACUUGCGGAGAAGAAAUCCGAGAGCUUCCAUCGAGUUUCCGGAAGCUUGGACGGUCUUGACAGAAGUGGACCUCAGUCCUUCGACCUCAUCUGGAGACCCACGAGACACGGACGUCAACUGCGAGGGAGACACACCAGACAAACCCCUUUAAUAAGCCACAACACCAAACAUGGAGCAGAGUCCCUCACCAGACGCUCCCACUACACGACAGAGCUGCCCAAAAUCAACACGGCGCUCCCGCGUGCCCAGGUCCCCUUCCCGGCCUCUACCUUGCCGGGCUUCACCGUCACUCACAGAGGCACGCUGCCGGCUAUUGCAUCGAACAAGUGCCAGUCGCGGGUCGCAAAGCCCAGGGACGAGUCACACCGUGCUGCCUUCAAGAGCUUCUACAUCCCACCUCUGGACCGGAAACAUGGAGGAUACUGACACACACCAGUGGAUGUUGAACAGAGUGAAAACUUUGGACUGUGUCACGCUGUUAGUUGUCUCGCAUCAAAACAAUGUGACAGUAAAUACUUCAGCCCUAUAGAGUGAUAUCUCAGUUUUCGAACGCCCCGGACUUCGAACAAAUCGGAGUCCGGACAAAAAGUUCGAGAUUUUUUUGCUUCUCAUUUCGAACGAAAAUCCAGAAGUCGAACGGUAAAAAGCCAGAAAAACCAUAACGUUCGUGGACCGAUCAGCUGACCCACAACGCGCUUUGUUAUUGUGCAUAACGCAGCCUCUGUAUGCAGACGUGUCCCGUUAGCUACAUUUACUGACUGUUUUUUCUUCAUAUUGAGGUGUAAAACCUUUCCUGUCUCCACACUGGACCGUGGUAGAGUGUCACAGGGGAGGUGCUCGCUCUCCACACCUCCACUCCAGGGUUUGAUGUCCUGUUGUGGGCUGGAGCUGGGACAGGGAUGAGGCGAGUCUGGGACAGAGCGUGACUUGGUUUAUGACUUUGUCACAGCCAAACUGCACAGAAGCGCACAUUCAGAGCUGGACACGCACCGGGCACCUCUUCACUUCUGGAGAGACGUCACUCACUCGGCAACCCCUCCCACAUGCAGCGGCCACACACAUAGAGGAACAGCGCACCUGCAGCAGACACUCUACAUUCACUCCUACAAAAGACUAUUUUAAGGCUUGGAACGCAUUAUUUCUUUUUACAUUUAUUGUAAUGGGAAAAAUCGAUUCAGAUUUCGAACAAAUUGCUUCUCGAACGGCCAUCUGGAACGGAUUGCGGUCGAGAACUGAGGUACCACUGUAUUUUGAAAACGCCAAAUCUUCUUGACGAACGUAAGAAACUGAAACCGGCAACAAAUAUAAUUAAAAGAAGAAGUAUGAAUGUUUCAUAACAUUUAAACAUGUUUGGAAUCUAAUGUAUUGUCACGUCAGAAGCUAAUAAAAGCUGUCCCACCUCUUACUACACCACCCAUAAUGCAGUGCAACAGUGAAGUCAAAUUAUACCUAACAAAACUUCAAGUAUUUCCGUCAAUAUUCCCCAACGUACAGAAGCUCAGAGCUGCCACCAGGAGGAAACAUGAACUGAGAUAUUAUCAUGUCACUCGAUAACAUGCAUAGUAACAUCUUAUUGUGAAGCACCAGCGCCUUCCCCCCAACCUUCUUAUCAAAUUCUUAAGAAAAAAGUUAACCCUCUUUUUGUCAUCAAUUCCACCCCAACAUGUACAACAGCAACAAAAAUUUUAGUCGGACGCCCUUUUUUUUGCUGAGUCGCCACCACCAAAAUGCCUGUGCAGGUGCCAGACAUUUCAUAAGAUCAUGUGCUUUUAUCACGUCGAACCAUGAUACGUUUCACAAGCUACUAUGAUCCCAACACAUUAUCUCAUGAAACGCACAGGAUAUUACCAUGUGAUAAACCAUAUGUUUAGCAAACAAAUGAAGCAUGUGAUCACAAGGUAAAGUGAUGCGUUUCAGGAGACAACAUAUCGGUUUAUGAGGCGCUGUGUUUCUGAUACAGAUCCAAGCUGGCAGCUCUGAGCUUCCCCACCAGAGGGCAGUUGCAGAGUAAAAACAAAAAAAUAUUUUAAAAACUUGUGAAUAGAAACUCAUUUCUGACAAAACAAAAUCGAAGUUUUCCCUUCCAUUGACACAAUUCAGUCAGAUGCUUUGUUUAUUUUUCUGAAUAAAUCCAGUGCCAAGAGGGAGAAGACGGAUGCAGCUACUGUAGCGAAACUCUUUAUGCACACGGUAGAUCCUGAACUGACCUCAGGUCAGAGAUAGAUUCCCACAGGCUCCACACUGGCAGCGCAGCUUCGCCACCACGCAGGUAGUUGAAAAGCACUUUGAAGUAGAUAGUGAAGUCAGACGUGUGUAUUGUCAACAAACCGGACUCUUCCAGAGACGCUGAAACAUGGAGCGUCCACACUGUGUUGCUCAUGAGGAAGUAAAGGGUUAACAACCUCACAUGUCCUGACUCUUUUUUUGGAUCAGUAUUUGGUGGUCAAACCCUGAAUAUUCUGUGCAUGUAAACAUAGUCACAGCG